GGAGCUGAGGCGUCACGAAAGUCGCUCGAAUACUUGUUGCAAAAUCCUGGUAAAGGUCGAGCAAUCGCCAUCGUCUUGGGAGGAGCGACAGAGGCACUGGACGCCCAUCCUGGAACACACGAUCUCAAUUUGUCUUCUCGUCGAGGAUUUUGUCGUUAUGCCCUUAAAUAUGGUGCAGAUCUUGUGCCGAUGUACCACUUCGGCGAGAACGACGUCUUUGACCGCUGGGAAGGAUACACACGUGGUACUCGCCUGAGGGAAAUUCAGACGUGGAUCAAGAACAAAUUCGGAUUUUGUCCACCAUUGGUAAAAGGUCGUGGCAUAUUCAAUUAUAGCUUGGGCAUGCUUCCACAUCGUAGACCCAUCACGACAGUCAUUGGAGCACCAAUCAAGUAUGAGAAUUCAGUUUUUAAUGAA